GGAAGUGCAGUGUUAGCAUAGCGCCAAUCUCGUUGUAAACCAAGGCGGAACCGACCGUGUGCAUUCAUAGUUGUUUGGAAAACCAAAAAGUCCUCUUUCAUGCUGGAAACAGCUAGCUACAGCCACAUAUUUCAAGGCAUCUGUGCAUCACAUUAGCUUCCAGGAAAACAUGGCGGAGCUGAUGGACGGUGACCUGGAAGAUGGAGAAAUUUCAGGCUCCGGCUCGGACGAUGAGAUGGGUGGAGCUGUGGCCGAACAAACCCGAGCUCACGACUCUGUGGCGUUCAGCGGGGAGUCCUUCCAGCGCAGCCCCGCUUCGGUCCAGCCUCCUUCCGCCGCUGCCUAUCGGAGCUCCGCCAAGGCGGUGGAGUCCAGUGACAGUGAUGCGGACUCGUCCGACGAGGAGGCCGCUGUCUGGCGUCGAAAGCGGCUAAAAGUUUCAAAUGCCCCACAACCGCCCGCCGGUCCCCCGCCAGUAUCCGCCUGCGGAGUACCGGAAAGCCGCAAGGUGAACAAUAUUUGGGGCUCCGUGGUGCAAGAACAGUGUCAAGAUGCCAUAACAGCAGAGCUGGGUGUGUUUGGCAUGGAGGGCGUCAGCAUGGCCAGCAGAAGUGUUGAAACCUACAAUUUUGUUCUGGCUCGGAAGAUGAUUGAGAAGGAGAGAGAGAUGGAGAGGCAGUCCAAGGAGGAAGGAGAGGUGAGCAUGCUGGAUGCUGAGCUGGAGGAUUACAUGAAAGGGCGAGGAUCAGAGGACAGAGCAGGAGGGGAUGCUAAGAGAAAACGACCUGCCAAGGAGAGAUUAGGCACUAAAGCUGAGAUGGACAUAAAAGGCCGGUAUGAGAUCACAGAGGAUGAUCCAGAUGAUAAGGUGAUAGAUGAAAUCGCAUACAGACUACAGGAGCCCAAAAAGGAGCUGAUUGAGCGUGUGGUUCGGGUUCUUGGGAAGAAGAAAGCUAUCGAACUACUGGGGGAGACUGCCACACUGGAGGAAAACGGUGGCAUGUACACUAUGGAUGGAAGCAGGCGGAGGACGCCUGGUGGAGUCUUCCUCAACCUGCUGAAGAACACCCCCAGCAUCAGCAAGUCCCAGAUUAAGAAGAUCUUCCUGGAGGAACAGCAGAAAGAUUACAAGAGCAAGAGGGCAGCGCAGAAAAGAAGGCGGCACGUGCUGGCCAAGAAGAUGAAGCAGGCCAUCGGCACGCUGAACCUGCAUGAGCACGAUGAUGUUUCCAGGGAAACGUUUGCCAGCGACACCAACGAGGCCUUGGAGUCACUGGAGGAGCCUGCAGAGGGAGAGGAGGAAGAGGAGGGGAGGGAGGAAGCUGCUGUAGGGACUGAGGAGACAGCAGUGGUGUACAGCUCUGCAGACCUAGAGGUGUUCUGAGGGUGGACUUUAUCAUGAGCACAUAGAACUAAGACUAAUAGAAAACACUGCAUUUUUGGAGAUUCAAACUGACUUUGGUGUUUGUUUGUUGGCAAUAAAAAUCUUUUUUUCUAAA